UACCGCACGGCGGCGUUGUUGUGUAACGCGUUGGCCCCGCGGGUGCUGCAGAGGCCUCGCUUCAAACGUAUUGCGAACUCGUGCGCUUGCCUUCCGCUCGGUAUCCCGGGCCCUGGUUAGUGUUACACAUGGCUAUUCCGGUGUCACCGGUUGGAAAGCGACUGCGGCUUUUGUUUGAUGAGACGACCUACGGGCGGGAAGGGCCUACCGACCCAUCAACUCCGCUUGGGAAGCGGGCCUGGCAAGGAGGCACUGUUCGUGCUCUUAAGGGAGCGGCGCCCGAGGAGCUGGCGGUGUAUGUUGAAUUUGAUGAGAAUAGCUAUAAACAAAGCUCUUGGAUUCAAGUUCAUGGUGAAGAUAUUUUGGUGAUACUUAUCGAAGGGCCCCUAGUUUGGUCUCCUAGAAAAGAUCCCAUUGUUAUUCAAGGGAGUCAUGUUUGCCCUACACAUUGGCCAGCUUUAACUUUCACUUCUUUAGUGGAUAAAUUGGGAUUGGGAACUUUGGUUCCAUUAGAAUUUCUUUUGGAGCGAGUAUUGCAUUUCCUGCCGGAUGCCAGCAGUCUUCGUUUAUACCAGCAGAUGGGGGUAGACAGUCAUAAGCUGGUCCUGAAGGAGCAGCCAUUACUGAAAGAUGCAGUGACUGCUGUGAUCAACUCAAGAAAAAUUCAAGAGAUUAUUGUAAGAGGUAUUUGCAGUAUUCAAGGUCAGGAAGUUAAGGUGUUCCAGCCAGAUGCAGAAGAGUCUUGGUUUUGUGGACUUGUGACUCAUCAGGACCCUGUAACCCGUAUGCUAGAGAUAUCUUUAAGGGAGACAAAUGAAACCAGAGCAAUUGAUCCUAAAUUGGUGCAAGUGGUUUUAAUGGAUGAUUCUGAAUUACUACCUGAGGAAUGUUCUCUAAAGGUUACCAAGGUAUCAAAAGCAAAGAAGAAGAAAGAAAAUGCAGAUGGGAAGGAUGGUCGUAGAAGAAAGAUACCUCCUGAUGCAGAAAGUGAUUCCGUUGGAAAAAAACAGAGAGGAGACAAGAAGGAUGUGGGCAGUAAUGGAGGUGAUAGCAGUGAUGUGAGUCAGGGGUCUUGGAAAGGAACUGUCAGCGGAGAGCCUACAACAGAUGCAAGAGCCAAGCAAAUGCUACAUUUUGUUCCUCAGAUUAAUCGUAAUAUCCGUUUUGCAACGUACACCAAAGAGAAUGGGCGCACAUUAGUUGUCCAAGAUGAGCCUGUGAGCAAUAGCACUUCCUUAGCUUUUCCAACAUUCGCUGGAUUAGCUAGCAAAAAGUCAUUAAUGACAGAAGCAGAUAGAUUGGGAAGCAAAAGUGUUUUGCCGGUUGAAAAUGUUGGGAGCACUGCUGAUAUUGUAACCACAAGUGGCGUGACACCAACUACAUUAAGAAUAUCUGACACAAGUCUUUUCUCUUUGGGAGGAGAAGAAAAUAAGAAAUCCAGCUUGUCUCUUGGAGAGAAUUUGAGAAAGCCCCUGCUGGCCAAAAGUGGGUUUGGCGUUUCACUUUCGCCAUCAACUUUUGGGGAGGAGCGCAACCAACCGAAUGGCGCUGUUCAAGAAAACAAGUCACUUGGAUUUCAAUUUGGUGGAAAUAGUAUUCCUGAAACUCAAAAAGAGUCAGAUCUAUCAAAAAAUCUAUUUUUUCAGUGUAUGUCACAAAAUGUUUCACCAAGUAACUAUUUUACUACCUUAUCAGAAAGUGUUGGUGAGGAAAUCCCGAACAGGAAUGUCUUGAAACAAAAUAAAGAAAGUCUUACUUCAGGACUUUGCAAACCUAAAACCUUAGUCCCUACAGAAAAUAAAGCUAAUAUGAAGAUGCCGUUUUCUGAAUCUAUGCCAAAACUUACACCUGCAUUUCCUGGAAAAGUUUUAAGCGCUCGACCUCCUGAAAGUCAUGAAAAUCUUUUCCUACAACCUCCAAAGCUAUCCAGGGAGGAGCCUUCCAAUCCUUUUUUAGCUUUCGCUGAUAAAAAAGAGACAUCACUGUUCAGCAGCUUCACAUCCCAGGCUCCAGCCCAGAGUUCCCUAACUGGUGGAAUCUCGGCUCCUUGGCCAGAGCAACAUAAAACUGAUGACUCUGGAUCUUUACCAAAAAAGAAACCUUUGUUUAUAUCAAUGGAGUCACCAAAAAGGCUGUCAUUAUCUUCGGGUUCAUCUGUCAGUGAAGCUAUCCAAAGCUCUGCCUUUUUGGGAAAUGGACGUUCCAGUUCACCUGCAAAUAGCAUUAAUCAUCCCAUUGAAAUGCCAACAUUGUCAUCCAGCCCAACUGAAGAUAAGCCAGCUUUUGAAUCUGGACACAUGGACAAUCCUUUGUUAAGAACCUUUACUGCACUCUCAAGUAGGCUUCAACCUGGAGUUCUUUCCUCAGAGUAUACUCAUGACAGUAAAGCAGCAUUUGAAUCUGUUAACAGAUUUACUCUGGAUGAACGGAGCAGGACAUCAAAGCAAGAUUCUGACUCCAGUACCAAUAGUGAUUUGAGUGACCUAAGUGAUUCAGAGGAGCAGAUGAAUUCCAGAGCUGGCUACAGAGGAAUACCAGAACAUCUUGUAGGGAGAUUAGGCCAAAAUGGAGCACGCCAUGUUGAAAUGUUCUUGAGCAAAGGGAGAGGAAAGCAGGCUACCAAAGGCAGACCAAGGACAACUCCACUUAAAGUUGGGCAGUCUAUUUUAAAAGAUAUGAGCAAGGUCAGAAAACUGAAGCAGUCUGGAGAGCCAUUUCUUCAGGAUGGAUCUUGUAUCAAUGUAGCACCACAUUUACACAAGUGUCGAGAGUGUAGACUUGAGAGGUACCGCAAAUUUAAAGAACAAGAUCAAGAUGAUUCAACUGUGGCUUGUCGAUUCUUUCACUUCCGCAGGUUGGUUUUCACAAGAAAAGGAAUUCUUCGUGUUGAAGGUUUUCUGAGUCCCCAGCAAAGUGAUCCUGAAGCAAUGAGUCUCUGGGUCCCGUUUUCUGUUCCCGCUCAAGGCAUUGAUUUAGAGACCUCAAAAUAUAUUCUUGCUAAUGUUGGUGAUCAGUUUUGCCAGUUGGUUAUGUCAGAGAAAGAAGCCAUGAUGAUGGUCGAGCCUCAUCAAAAGGUAGCGUGGAAGAGAGCAGUUCGUGGUGUUCGAGAGAUGUGUGAUGUAUGUGAGACAACGCUUUUCAACAUUCACUGGGUUUGUCGCAAGUGUGGAUUUGGUGUAUGUCUUGAUUGUUAUCGACUUAGAAAGAGCCGACCACGCAGAGAGGAUCUGUCAGAGGAUACUGGAGAAGAGGAGGUUUUUGCCUGGCUAAAGUGUGCUAAAGGGCAGCCUCAUGAGCCAGAGAACCUUAUGCCAACUCAGAUUAUUCCUGGCACAGCUCUUUAUAACAUAGGAGACAUGGUCCAUGCAGCACGGGGAAAAUGGGGCAUUAAGGCUAACUGUCCGUGUAUUAACAGACACAACAAAACUCUUCUGAGGCCUGCAGUCACUAAUGGAAUUUCCCAGUUAUCCACUGUAAAUACACCUGCUUCUACCACUGAUGCAACCACAGCACCUUGUGCUGAAGAAGGGAUUGAAUGUGAUAUUAAAACAGAGGAAACCGCAAAAUCAGAGACUACAGAAUCAGAGGCCUCAAAGAAUGAAGGAAAUGGUUUUACUAACAGCAACACAGAGAACAAAAGUAGCAGGCAGCCGUGCACAGAAUCUACUCCUUCCUCUACUCCUUCCUCUGCUCUGCAUUGGCUAGCAGACCUUGCAGCUCAGAAAGCUAAAGAGGAGACAAAAGAUACUGGUUCACUAAGAUCUGUGCUGAACAAAGAAUCAAAUUCCCCAUUUGGCUUAGAGUCCUUGAAUUCAAAUACAAAGACCUCCUCGUCACCAAAACUAUUUAAUAGCCUUUUAUUGGGCCCAACUGCUCAGAACACCAAGACAGAAGGUUCCAGUCUAAGAGAUCUGCUACAUUCUGGACCAGGAAAGCUUCCUCAAGGUUCUAUGGAGGCAGGAAUACCCUUCCCACCAGUCUUUUCUACCAACACUAAAGGUGAAAAGGGGAAGACCAGUUUGCCGAAUUUCCUGGACCAUAUUAUUGCUUCUGUAGUUGAAAAUAAAAAGACUUCAGAUGCUGCUAAACGAGCGAGUAGCUCAUCGGAAGCUGUAAGAGAGGGGAAGGAAAUGGUGAUGGGCUUAAAUGUUCUUGAUCCUCAUACCUCACAUUCCUGGCUUUGUGAUGGGAGACUUCUUUGUCUUCAUGAUCCUAGUAACAAAAAUAACUGGAAAAUUUUCAGGGAAUGUUGGAAGCAAGGCCAGCCUGUGCUUGUUUCUGGAGUGCAGAAGAAGUUGAAGUCAGAGCUUUGGAAACCUGAAGCUUUUAGUCUCGAAUUUGGGGACCAAGAUGUGGAUUUGGUGAACUGCAGGAACUGCUCUAUCAUUUCUGAUGUUAAAGUCCGUGAUUUUUGGGAUGGAUUUGAAGUUAUUGAAAAGAGAUUACGAUCAGAAGAAGGAUCUCCAAUGGUUCUCAAAUUGAAGGACUGGCCACCAGGCGAGGAUUUCAGGGACAUGAUGCCCACAAGGUUUGAAGACUUGAUGGAAAAUCUUCCCCUUCCUGAAUAUACCAAAAGAGAUGGCAGGCUCAAUUUGGCUUCUAGAUUGCCUAGCUAUUUUGUGCGACCAGAUCUUGGGCCCAAAAUGUAUAAUGCGUAUGGGUUAAUAACUGCUGAAGAUAGAAGAGUUGGCACCACUAACUUGCAUCUUGAUGUUUCUGACGCUGUUAAUGUGAUGGUUUAUGUUGGUAUACCAAUAGGAGAACUUGCUCAUGACGAGGAGGUUCUUAAGACAAUUGAUGAAGGAGAUGCUGAUGAAGUAACAAAAAAACGCAUUCACGAGGGAAAAGAAAAGCCUGGUGCUUUGUGGCAUAUUUAUGCUGCGAAGGAUGCAGAAAAGAUCCGUGAGCUUCUCAGAAAGGUUGGAGAUGAGCAAGGACAAGAAAAUCCGCCAGAUCAUGAUCCAAUCCAUGACCAAAGUUGGUAUUUAGACCAGGCCCUUCGUAAACGGCUUUAUGAUGAAUAUGGAGUACAAGGUUGGGCUAUUGUGCAGUUCCUUGGAGAUGCUGUAUUCAUUCCUGCUGGAGCUCCUCAUCAGGUUCACAAUUUAUACAGUUGUAUAAAGGUAGCUGAAGAUUUUGUAUCUCCAGAACAUGUCAAACAUUGCUUCCGCUUGACACAGGAAUUUAGGCACCUGUCAAACACUCAUACAAACCAUGAAGACAAAUUACAGGUGAAGAAUAUUAUUUAUCAUGCAGUAAAAGAUGCUGUUGGAACCCUUAAGGCUCAUGAGUCUAAACUGGUCCGGUCGUAGAAAAUGUUGGCUUUAUUCGAUUUGGAAAAUGUUUGCAAGCCUUUUUCACUACUUGGACAUGUUACUUGCUUCAAUAAGAGGCAAUCACUUGGAGAUGGUGGGCAAUCAAGCCACAAUUUUCUAUACAGGCUCAUAUCAGAUGUACUAGUGAUAAAUUCCACUUAUGCACUUGGAGGGAUGGCACCAUUUUCUAUUGCCUUCUUGGGAACUAAUUACACUAGCACUGGACAAUUGUGCUUCUAGUAUGAUACAGGCUAGAGCUAUAGAAGAGCACAUGCAUUUUGUUGCUCUUGUGCUUACUUUUCCAGUCUUUGAAGACUUAAAAAAUAAUUAAAAUGAACUAACAUAGUUAAUGUGUUUAAAGAAAGAAAUAUCCAGCUGUCUAAUACAAUGGACAACAAUUUUAUUCCCUGCAGUUAUUUGCAAUACAGGUCAAGUGGAGAUUCCAUAUUAUUCUAAACACCAACUGCAUAGUUAAAUAUGCUAAUUAUGAAUAUAAGGGGGAGCUAAUGAUUUUCAUUGGGGAUGGAAAAAUUGUGUAUUUAUUAAACAAAUAGGUUUGUAGUGAAAGUUACUCUUUCAUGGAAUAAAAAGUUUAUAGUUUUUUUUUUUUUUUUUUGUUUUUUUUUGGAACACCAUGGUUGCUUUCCUCUAUUACAAGAAAGGCACUUCGCAUUUAGUCUUCCUUUCAAAUUAACUUUCCUCAGUAUAUUCAGUUAGUCUUGGUUAUGGGAAGGAUCAUAGGUCCUUAAAACAAGUGUUCACACAAUAGCCAUUUAUUGGCAUCUCACCAGAACCAUGGCAUACAAUGAGUUCUGGUGUAACAUCUACCAAAAUCUUUGUCCAGCUUGGGUUUUUAUGUAUAUUUUUUUUUUACCCAUAAAACAAAUAUCAACUUCUACCUAUUUUAGAUUUUUCAUUUAGUCUGACCAACCAAUCAAGUCAAACGUUGUUAUAAAUUAUAACGUUUUCCAGAAUUCCUUUUGGAGAGAUGAUUGUUCUCACUUGUAUUGCUUUGCCACCUGGAAAUCUGUUUAUAUGUUCAUUUAUUCAAGUUUUUAAGAUCAUUAACUGUAGAAUACAUUUAAUUUGAAAUCCUGUAUUUUCAUUUUGUGAAGGGCUGAUUAGGGUUUCCAUGUUCUUAUUAAAGUUUAAAAAGAAAAAAAAAA